UUGUUAGACAAAAUUAUUCCCAUCAUCCGCAUAAAUAAAAAAAACUGUUCCUAUCGUAAAUGCUUUUUGUUUGUGGUUCCAAACCGCCAUUGUGGGAUUUUAUGACUGUUUGGUCCAAUUUUGAAUCUUAGAAGUUUGGCCAUUUGGGUAACUGCUGCUUUGGAAUUGGGUUUUGUCCUGCUUUUCUUUUGCAAAAUUUGGAUCUGUAUAACAGCAAAAGUUGGGUGUCCUUUUUUAAGAGGGGUUGCAGAUAUCUCGAGUCUGUAUUUGUUGGUGUGGUUAAGAGGAUCUGUAAUGCACAGUGAGAAGUUUGGCGGUGAAAGAAACCAAGGUAGAUAAAUUGGUAGUUGGGACUUUGGUUUUCAGUUCACAGGAAUAUUGAUUUGUCACAGGAAAGGUUCAUGUGAAAGUUGAGAUUCUCAACUGCUUGAUUGAAUGAUUUGCUGACCUUUUCUCUCUUAAGUGUUGGGAGAAGUCAUUUCCAGCCUUGAGGUCUUGUUUUGGUUUGUUGAGAGAGAGAGAGAGAGAGAGAGAGAGAGAGGUUCCUCCGUCUUCUUAUUUAUUCAAUUGAUGUUCUUACUGUGUUCUUGAAAUGAAUCAUUCUGGAGCAACCAGUGAUCAGAGAGCAGCAGUUGAAGUCUCAAAGGACAAGAGUGGAAUUGACCAAGUUCUGCUUCAUAACCCUCGAGGAGCUUCCGUUCAGGUUAGCUUGCACGGAGGCCAGGUUCUUUCCUGGAAGACUGAACGUGGUGAAGAACUGUUAUUCAUUAGUAGCAAGGCAAUCUUUAAGCCACCAAAAGCAGUGCGAGGAGGAAUUCCAAUCUGUUUUCCACAGGUUGGAAAUGGAUCAUUGGAGCAAAACGGGUUUGCCAGGAACAGGAUUUGGGUCAUUGACAAUGAUCCUCCACCUCUACAUCCCAGUGAUUCUAAUGGCAAAGCCUACAUCGACUUGCUGCUCAAACCAUCCGAAGAAGAUCUGAAGAUUUGGCCACAUAGUUUCGAGUUUCGUCUUAGAGUGUCACUGGCAGCAGAAGGGUAUCUGACCCUGAUAUCGCGUAUCAGGAACAUCAAUUGCAAGCCCUUCAGUUUUUCAUUUGCGUAUCAUCCAUAUUUCUCCAUUUCUGAUAUCAGCGAAGUGAGGAUUGAGGGCUUGGAGACUCUUGACUACCUAGACAACCUAUUUCAGAAGGAGCGCUUUACAGAACAAGGUGAUGCCUUAACAUUUGAAUCUGAGGUCGACCGGGCUUAUCUUAGGUCUAAAGAUGUGAUAGCUGUUUUUGAUCAUGAAAAGAAGAGGACAUUCGCCGUACGAAAGGAGGGACUUCCAGAUGUUGUUGUUUGGAAUCCAUGGGAGAAGAGAUCCAAAGCCAUAGUGGAUCUUGGAGAUGAAGAGUAUAAACAGAUGCUUUGUGUUAAUGGAGCAUCAAUUGAGAAGCCAAUCACCUUGAAGCCUGGUGAAGAAUGGACUGGCAGAUUGGAGCUCUCUGUUGUCCCUUCAAGUUAAUGAAUCGACUGGCAGAUUGGAGCUCUCGAUCCUGCCACGAGAGGCUUUCAAAGAUCAAAGGCAAGCAAAUAAAAAUAUACUAGAAGUAUUAGGGUCAAAAUGUGACUGUGCAAUAAGGAAAUCAAUAAGAACAUGAUCACCUUUAAUGUGGUUAUGAUUUUCAUAACAGAUUUUCCUUCAAAGGAGGUGGAGAUAUCUUUUUUUUCUCCUCCCCAUCGUAGCUAUACCCUAAAAUGUAAAUGGGUUAUCUUUACUUAUGAAACUUGUACACUGAAUGCAGAGUCAGUAAUAAUUCUUUUUCUUUCUGCAA